CUACACAUUUAGCCUUGCGUCCCUGUUUUAGCUAAUAUUUAUAGUGGCCUACGCCAAGUUCAUGAUUCUACUUCAUCACUUGGUUAUUCAAAUGCCUGUUUUCCUCUUCACUAUGUCCAUGGGUGGCUUGCUCUUUACUUCAACACUCAUUAUAAAGCCCCUAGGAGUCUUAGGGGUCCUCGCAUGGUUGAAUUUUCUGGUGAAGGUGGGGCCAAAUAUUAUACUAAUCUUGAGGCUCGAACACAUAUCCACAAGGGAAAGUAUGUGUCAUGGCAUGCGUGUCUUCCAACAAAGAAUAAGGACGAACUCUUAACGGAUGAUGGAGAGUUAAUUAGUUGGAAUGCUUCAUUUUUCAUAAGCAUUCGCUCUUGUUUUCUAUCCUCGCAAUGUGGAUCCUCCACAGUUAUUGAGCCUUAUAGUCCUUGUCGCUUUAGCCGACAAUUUGGAUUUUAUCAAGACGUGCCAUAUGACUUAGGUGAAGAAAUUCCCGAAGCCAAUUUUUUUAACGUACGAUAUUGUUGGAUGAUUUGUAUUCGCGAGAAUACACUUUCCCAAGUAUAUCUUCCUGUGUCUGCCCCUAAUCCAGACACACAUGUUACCUCUCAUUAUAAAGUCUGGUGGCUUGCAAAACACGGUGAUUACCUCCAAGAAGGAGUACAACAUUUGAUAGAUCGUCCUACUCCCCCUCACAUCAAAUCCAAAACCACAAAAAAGAUUGAACAUAAUUUUGGUAGUGGAAAUCAGAAGAUAUGCUCCGAUGAAACUGAUGAACGACUUGUUGAGAAAAUUGAGGGAGGGACAAAACGCUUGGUGGAUAAUUUGUCUCUUUCUACACGAUUUAAACAUCUUAUUAAAGGUGGUAUUGACAAUGUGGGUAAGGACAACCGCUUAUCGAUAGCUACCAAGCAUCCUUCUAAACGUAUUGAGGACAGUCAAAGCAGCAAUGAUGAUCGCCAUUGGAAGAGACCCAAGAAGCCCAACAAACAGUCGAUCGAUGAUGAAGAGUCUCCUAUUCGGUCUUCUUUAGGUGAUCACGACCUACACAUCGAAGAUACCCUAGAGUCGAUGCCGAAUCUAGAAGACUGUAACAUUGUACUGCCGAAUCUAGAAGACUGUAACAUUGUACUUUCUUAUAAUGGAAACUCUAAGGAACCUAUAGGCGCAAAUAUUGUGUCUGCUUGUCCUCCUGUGAUCAAGGGACCUCCUCAAAAAGUGGAAGGCACGGAGCCUAUUACAGUUUCUGAGAUUUCUCAUUUUUGUGCUGACAGCUUAAUUUCUGACCUCCGACGACAGGCUGCCAUAACCUUAUGGGAAAACCUACGACAGAAGAUCAUUCGUACCCCUUUUGAACGACUGAGUAGUCUUGAACCAGAAAUGCAUAAGAUCUUUGAUGCGAUUGCGACUUGCGGCAGCGACAACCUUAUUGUUUUGAGGGAGCUUGUGAAUGGUUACUUCCAAGGUGUCGAGAACCAUAAUCAAAUACAUUCCUCAUUUCUACUCCAAUCAACUAAGGAUGUUCAGCUAACGGAGGCAAAAGGUUUUGUGAAGACUCUGCGAGUUGAUGAGAAUCGUAUAUUGGCAGAGACCAACACUGCUAAACGUUGUCUUACACGACUGUCCGCCAAGGAGGCUAAACUAGAGGCAAAACUAAAGAUGGUGCGGGCUGAGUCUGCUAAAUUUUCUGGAAUAAUUUUUAAGAACGACCUGGAGCUGAAGCUGAAGCAACAUGAGAUUUCAAAGACUUGUGAGGAAAUUGACAAACUCGAAUGUGCCCGAUCGUUGGAGAUAUUGAUGCUAAAAUGCUAUCAACACUUCGUGAAUCUUUAG